ACAGGAAGGUACGUUGGACAACCAUCGCUUGUUACUCAACCACAGCUGUGUGAAAAUUGCAACAAUAAUCAGGCUUUAAAAAUCCAAGAAUUAAAUUCAUUUGAACCUUUGAGAGAGGUAGGUUCAGCAGUGGUAUUCUCUUCACUGAUCUCUAUUCAUAUUCCAUAGUACUUAUGAGGAGAAUUUGUGAAAUGAUCAAGAACGCUUUUAGUCUGUGAUCAUUUCCUAUAUUCUCAACUCCAGAAUGUUUAUUUAAGUAGAUAUCCAUAUGAUAUGUUAAGGAGAAAUUGGAUGAUGGUCACUUUCAGGGGUCAAAGUGUUAGCCUUGUCACUCCUGAUCACACGUAAGCUGCAAAAGAAAUGGUAAACUGCAUGACAAUAAACCUUUUUUUCUUUUGGUGGUAUUUAAAGCACAAAGCAAAGGCUAUUGGGGCCAUGCAAAUAUAUUAAGUAAUGGUCCAGAUAAGAAGGAAAGGACCAAAAGGCAGUGAACAUGUCGGUAUGCAAAAAGGUGCUCACUUUACUAUUGUCUCUACCAUGGUUCUGAUUGGUUUAAAUAUCAAAUUUUACGAAAUCUUCGCAAAGCAGCAUGUAUAUUAAUCCCUUUUUUUCUAUCCAACUUCCUUAUAACAAAAUCUCGUCUGAGUCUAAAUAACAUAGAAAUCGUAUGUGCGGAUCGUGUAAAAUUGUGAACACUUCUUGGCCAUUAUUUGCAACUCUUGUGAUUGGUCGAAAUGUUUUAACACAAAAAUACACCCCUUAAAAGUGGAGUUCAAAUACAUUUUCUUUCGUAAACUGCCUUUUUGUAGAUUUGUGCUUUCUCUGCGUAAAAAUGAAAACAUUUCUAUGUGAGGAAAGUGUAUUGCGCCACAACAAAACAAAUUGCUUCCCUUCUUACUUGGAUCAUUACUUAAUAACAAAUAUUUCCAAUGGAAGACAUGAAAAUGUUAAAAAACAUACUUGGUUGAUUGAAAGCAAACUAUUUGAAGGUGUGCUCAAUAUUCUUUCUGGAAUGAUAAACAAGUCAAAGAUGCAAAAUACCAGAGAUGCAAAGAACUCUAUUUGUAUUUGCCAAUAUAUAUUAUGCCCUGCUAGAGGGGUAUUUAAAGGGUGUAAUUUAUUAUAUUUUAAAGUUGUUCUGUAUCCUUCUAUCUGAUCUAUUUUGAUUGGUCACUGGUUAUUUUAUAGUGUGAUUUUGAGUCUGAACUGAAUCCUCACAAGCAGAAACUGGAUCAGAAAUACCAACUAUGCCAAUCAUGCCAAGACAUUGUUAAUCAUCAUUUGAAGACACAAGCCAUUGAUCUCAAAACAUUCUUACUGGACAGUCACCUUCAACAGUCCAAGUCUACUCCAACAAAGGUGUGUUUAUUUAUAGUGCAGAGGAUUUAGUAGUUCUGCAGGCCAGUGUAUCUGGAAAAGAGCUCUUGUUGUCCAGGAAAUGUGUCAGCAUGAUAGUGAAGCUUAAAAAUAUUUGUGGUUUUGAUUUUUUUGACUGAUAUGAUAAGAAUUUGGCCAUCAUGUAUAUAAAUGCUCUCAAUAAUUUAUUAGUAAUUAAUUUUAGUCAUGUUCAAAAGUACAAUGUACAGAACUUUACUUACAGAUCUCACCAACCUCCUGACUUACCCUCAAGUGGUUUUUCCAACUGGAGUGAAAAAAAAAAUAUUGUUAUUGUGGGUGAGAAGAGGAGCCCGCUAUCCUAAUCUCCAGAUUGUUAUCACACAUGCAUUGCAUGUAUAUAGCCAGCAUUUGUUUGGACUUCACUCAGAAUGAAUGGAAUGCACAGAAUGCAACUUGGUCACAUACAUUUGGACCUUCACUCAUAAUCUGAUCACCUAUGUGAAACUUACACAAAGCACUCUAACACAGUGAUGGAGCAAUAAUUAUUAUUUUGACCUUCGAUUUUGUCACCCACACUCCAUAACCAUUGAUUAUUACUAGUACUAGUAAAUACACCAUGAUACACUGAGUGCAGUGAAAGCUGUAGAGAGGGGGGAGGGGUAGGGGUAGGGCACUUGGUUAGGGGUGUUCAUUCUGCUAGGGCCUUGGAUCCCCUGCCCUAUUCUAGACUUAAAUUGUACUUGCCAGUGACCUCACAGUGGGUAAAGUGUCCUAGCCUUAUUUCAGUAUUAAUUUAGGAUGGGCAAGAAAGAUAUGAUCAAAGUACAGCGACCCAUCUUGGAUCCAUCGUGGUCAGCGGCCAGCAAGCAUGAUGGCCACGUUUUUUCUAGCUCUGCUAGACUUCAUUUGAUUUUUCUAUUUUUUUCUGUUUUUGACUUACUUUGAACUUUUUUUCACAAAAAAAUUAAGAACUAAGGGACAAAGAAUGUAACUUUAAGGGGCACAAUAUUAGUUUAUCUAGUCAUGCCCCUCUCCUCUCCUUCCUAUAUACAGUGUGAUUUAAUAUUUAAGUGCUGUAAUUCUGUAUUUUACUUACCUUUUUUACCUUGUAUCUAAUUCUGUAUUAUCAUCCACUAUGGUUUGGAGAAACAAAUAAAAUGAAAAUGAAAUGAAAUGAAAGGAAAUCUUGGAUCAAAAAGGUCAAAAUUGGGACCCCUUGAUACACCUACAAUAAUUAUUACUGUAGAAGGUAAAAGUUGGGACCCACUCAAUGACAUAAUUAUAACCAUAUAGCUACCUAUAAGUUGUCCCCCACCCCCUCCCCCCUCCCCAAUCCAACACCAGAAUGUUAUCCCAAGGUUAUAAAUUAUUUGAGUUCAAGGUAAUAAUAUUAAUGAACAUUUCCAUUCCGUCAUUUUGUUUGAUGUUCCAUGCAGCUUCUUAAAAGUUCUUCAUCUCCUGAAUCAAUUUUUUUGGUGCUGGUUCAGUUGGUCUGUGUUCUUCUUGCUUCUUUGCUGGUUUGUUCUGAAUAUCAUCCUGAUAGCCAUAGCAUGUGUGGUGAGUUACACAAAUUAUUAUUUGAAUAAAUCAUAUGACAGCAUUGUCAUUAGUAGCUUACUACCUGAUUGAAAAUCUCCAGCUACGCUUUGUACGUGUAGUUCUUUGUAGGACACAAGUUUUGUUGGGAAAAUAUUCCUGUAUUGCUAUUAAUAUUUACAAAAUGUCAAUGAAUUGCACUAACCGUGAUCAGUCAGAGCAAGAAUUAGUUUUAUUUUACAUGUAGUCAUGGUGUAUGAUCCACAUUUUCUUGAAAUGUGUUUGUGUUUUUUACCAUUGCAGGUAAAAAUUACUCUUUUUGGAACAGUCCUCAUGUGUUACACAGUACUUUUUUCUCUUAUUUAACCUCUUCACAUCACAACUUUACAGCCAAGCAAAUAAUGCUUCGCUUCCCCGGCCUUGUUAAAAGUAUAAUGAUCUCACUGUGGUCAAAAGGGUUGGAACUGACUUUCUGUUUGUCAAGUAAGUGGCAUUUUAUGAAACAGUCUAAAAUCUCUCAAUAGGCUGACUGAAUGCUAGACUAUGAGAAGUCUCUCUUUUUUCUUAGUCCUUCGAACAAAACAUGUGAGACAUGCAAAUUACUAUGCGUGUGACUGCUGCUUGACACACUCACUCACGCGUGCACUCCCCUCACUAAAUAUGAAGAAAAAUAUAGACUGCUUACAGUCCAACUGAAUGCUCUCAUGAGCUAAAAUACAUGAAGUUCUUGAGCGCUGAUUAACUGAAUUUUUCUUAUACAAUUUGUAAAUUUUUCAGUUUUGAAUGUUCUAAGGUUGAAAAAGCAAAAAAAUAAAUUCUGAAAGUCAUUUUUUGAUUUGAACAAACAAACAAAAAAAGCAAACAAAACCAAUGGUCAAACCAAAGGACUUCAUCCACAGAAUGAAAGUUUACAUUUAGAUCUACAUAGGUAAUUUCAAGUACCAUGUGAACAUACUGUUGAUCAGGUUUCAUGUGAAUUGUCACCCAGAAGCCAAAGAUCUGUUAUGCUUGCGUCAUUUCAUUUUGUUUUUUGUUUUGGUUAGGUUUGACGAAAAGGAGAUACUUGCAUGUUUCUUUGGCUUGCUUGUUACUAAAUAUCCUGAUAUUUUUGAAGAGAAAAACCAGGUAUUUAAAAUAAUAAUAAGUGGAGGUUUCACUACCGUGUUGUCUAAAGAUAUAGAUGUAAAACAUAACGGAAUACAACGUAUGUAGUCAUCGUGGGGAGAAUUACCUAUCGCAAAGCUUAAUGGGCAAGAAUUUCCCUAUAAGCGUGAAUUGUUGCUGGGCUAUAGAGCUACCUUACUGGUACUUAAUUCUGUGGGUGUUAAAUUUUUCUUUUUUUGUGAUUGUAGGAAAAUCGCUAAAUUAAAGACCCUCGUGUAAAAAUCCCCGCGAAAUUUAAUCCCCAUAUAAAAUGCAAAAAACAGAAAAAAAUCUGCAUAUGUAGUAGCAAUACCUUGAUAUGUAUCGAGAAAUUCACAAAUUAUUAAGUGAUUUUCCUGGUAAGUUUCAGUCUGUAUCUUGUGUCGUGAAAUAACGUUAAUUUGUAAAGAUUUCACAUGAAGUAUAGAAUCCAGCUAUAAUCUUCAUGUUCCAGAUUAUCUAAGAAAUUUUAAAAUUAAGUUCAGACUUUUUGACUGAAUUUGAGAACGCUUGAUCGCGAAAUUCAAUGCCUCUUUUCACAUUUGCCUGUUGAAAUCGCGAACGUAGGAACCCCUCAAAAUACUGCUUUGCCAAAAUUAAGUACCCAUAAGGCAGCGUUUUCACAUAAAGUCACCUCCCCUAUGUUGGUGUCCAAAACAAUUAAGCAGUGGUCAUGUUGGUGUCCCAAACUAUUCCUGUGGUAGUUGAACUGUUUUCUUAUGUAAACGCUUUCUCUUUUCGCAAUUAAAUGAGGGUCCCCAAUAGGUCAAUCCUGUGAUACCAUCCAAAAUUUCGUGCAAUCCCGUGAUCCCGAGGGUUAUUUUUGGCAUUCCACCUCCCGCGCAUACUUUCAAUCCCGAAUCUUACCUGAUUUUGCUUUAAAAUCCCGAAUCCCGAGCCUCAAAUAAGGGAAAUCCCGGAUCCCAAAAAACCUAUUGGGGACCGUCUUGAGUUGCAUAGCGACUUGCCAUUUGAGUGAAAACUCACAACACAGCGUAUAAGCUCCCACCUAAAGAGUUUGGUUAUGGUUAGUGGUUGCUAAUGUGAGGCAAGGGUAGCCUGUUCCAGGCUGUCAGAUAGUGGGGAUGACACGCGAAAGUGAGCGGCGUGCGAAAAUAUGAGGGCGUGAUUUGGAAAAAGGGGGCGCUUUCUCAGGCGAACUAGACCAUCUCAGAGCCUGGAACAGGCUAAAGUAAAGGGGGCAGGGAGUGGGGUCUAAUCCUGAUUUGAGGAGAAACAAAAUCCAAAGCAGUGUAUUUCUUGUUUUAUAGAAGCACUGUAAUUACAUGUUUGGUUACAUAUUUGGUUAUUUGGUCAACUAUGCAACCUUUGAAAAGUUUUAAACCGUUUCAAAGUACCUGACCUCUCAGGAAACAGCUCUCAAAUUUAUGAAUGUUAUUGGUCUGCUUGCAAAAAGAUCUUGAGAAUCUUUUGUUUUCAGAAAUCGUUGUGAUUAGACAAUCUUCCUCCGAGUGCGCCGGUUCCUCUAGUAGCACGAUAAAAGGUAGAAACGGACUUGAAAUUGCGUGGACUGAUUCUUCUGUGAGUUAAUGCAUUAUAACAUUAUUGCUGCUUUGCAUUUUUGCAGAUUUGGUAUUCUGACUCUGUUAUCUUGGACUGUCCUGUCUGUUUUAAGAUUUUGGUGAGUAAUAUGAAGUAGAAAAACAUCUUUUGCUGAAACAAUUUAUUGAUAUGGUGAUUUAUUCUCGUGAUUCUUUGUUUGGUGGGCGGGGGAUGCCUCGUGCUAAAUAAACCAGGUUAAGCUGUGGCCAUGUAGUCAUUGGCCGUGCGCAAAUCAGUCGUUUGGUUAAUGUCCUCUUCACUAAUUAGGUUUUUUCUUUACCCAUGAGAGGUGAAGAAAAAAGAAACAUGAAGUAAAAGGAUUCAGCAUUAUAAUUCGUGGUUUGUUUUUUUUCUUUCAGGGAAUUGUUUUGGUGGAAGAGUGACUGUAGAUGGCGAUUCAUCGGUGCAACAUUAUGUUGGUUUCUCAGCUCCUCUUUAUUUCUGUUCUCUCUUCUGUCAUACUCAAGAGUGAUGGGAAAACACAAGAAAAGAAGGUUACUGGAUGCUUUGCUAGAGCUGAUAUUUAACAAUUAUUGCAUGAGGCUGAGUUAGCCUGCAUAUAGGUGAACCCUUCCCCCGUUUUUCCUUUGUUUGGGGGAGGGUGCGGCUAUACGUAGGCUAAGGCUGAGUAUCAUCUGAAAAAUUACGGAGAUCGAAGGCCGAGACGGACUUCACCCUCCUCGAUCUCCAUAAUUCUUCACAUGAUACGAAAGUCGAUGUGUUUUAUUACUCAUUCAAAAUAAUUCCUUGUUUAAAAACAAGCUAAAAAACAUGCAUACCUCCAUCGAUGUUAAGUUCAUCUUUAAUUGCCUGUUUAUCAGCAAGUUUAGGAGAUAAAGGGUUGUUCAGUUCUGUAAAUAUAGCUGAUGUCGUCCGUCGAGUUGUAUUCUUGCAGUUCUUGCUAUGUUUUUGGCGAACAGUUCACCUAUUUCUUCAUCGCGAAACGAGUGAAAUUAAUGUUAUGCUAUUUUCUACUCACAUUAUAUGCCAAAUCGAAAAAUAUCUGAAACCACUAUCUCUCUGUAUGUAAACCAUUUCAAGGCGAUUUAUGGUGGAAACAAAUGAAAAAGGAAACCGUUCCUGCCGGCGUGCUUCCAGUCUUAUUCAAUAUGGGGCCAAACGCAUCCCUACUUAAAUCAAUCCACCCAAAAAACUAAUUACCAAGUUUUCCUACCAUAAAAAAUUCCGGAAUCGAAAAUUUCAACCCCCGCAAAAUAUCGGUAUCUCCGUCACUUGAAGGUUAUGUGAGUGAUUUGCAUGAUAGCUCGCUUUAUUAAAUAACCAAUAACUUCUGUUGUAAUACGUCCUGAAUGUCGUUUCUCCCUGUUGAGUAUGACUGUUGUAUUUGUAAAAAAUUACAGAUAUCAUAUUUCUCCGAGCAAGUCAAGCCCAGAUGAACAUCAGACCACUGAAUGUGAAAUCAUGGAGAUUGACAGUGAGGUAAAAUACCUUGAAAAAUUGAAUAUGAUUUUAACUAUUUUAAAAUCUCUUUUCAUGCUUCAUGCUCCUUUACAUUUUGAGUCAAUUAUUAUUUAGCCUGCAAGCAGGCUCACUUGUGCGAGUUCGUGGAAAAUGUUUGGCGGAGGAGCUACCAUCCCACAAGGAGUCCUCGGCCCACUUUACUCGAGGGAUGGCGGUUCCGCCGCCAAAAACUUUUCCCGAACUCGCAGAAGUGAGCCCGCUCGCAGGCUAAUUAUUAAUGUUCGAGGAGCCCUGUAAAAAAAAUUAUAAAAUUCUAAUGUUGGAUGAAUUUGGCCACAAGAAUGGCAUAUAAAGCUGGGUCAACCCAGAUACAUAAGAAGAUUAUCCCUGCAUCGAAGGUGAGGGGACACCCCAGACUAUCCAGGCUCGAGUAAAGUAGAGCUAACAGGAAGGAAGGAAGGAGAAAAUGUUUCCUAAAUUUCUUGUUGCAGUGAUUUUAAUUCUUGCUAAUUAGAAGCCUGAUUUUAAUUUUUUUCAGUGCACUCCUCCAAAUAAUAAGAUAGCAACUGAACUAGACUACAAUUUGAAUGGCUUGUCAUUGGACGGCUUGCGAACAGAAAGAAGAAAUGGCUUCCAUACACACCACUCAUCCCCAGUCAACUCUGAUAGGACAGGUAUUAUUGGAAAGUAAGCGUAGGUAGGCAGAUAGCCUAGUCUGCAAAUACAGCCUCGCUCCUCGGUCUUCGCGUGGACGUUCCUAGCGGCGAGUGGCGAGGAGAGAUGGCUGUUAGGCCACUGCAAAAAAAUACCAUAAUAUUCUCAAAAUUGUCGUGUGGGUAGUACUUCAUGUAAACCUUACUUUUGCAUUAUCUUUAGUGCCCGAUUUGCACGUGCAAUGCGGGUCAGUUUGUCGAAAAUUUGCAUACUCAGCGUAUUUGCGCAAAUGUUCGACCUUGGUCAAAGUGUACUUUAUUACUUUUGUCUUUUCAUUCGUUCAGGAAUUUGGUAACGAAAGAAGUGUGUUGGAAGGUCUCCUUAAACAAGGGAAAAAACAACGCGGACAAGAAAGAACGACGUUUCGGUGUCUUCUUGACGUCAUUUUCAAGUUCAAAAUGCUCGCUGAUAAACUGUCAAGAUGACACCGAAACGUCGUUCUUUCUCCGCGUUGUUUUUUACUUGUUUCUGUAUAACUAAACCUUUUCUUGUUAAGGUCGCCUUAAUCAGAAAAAGCCACUGGUUCUAUAGCCUCCCCCGUAAACGUUCUUAGGGGUUCGUCGCCUCACAAACGUCUGCGUGGGAGGCUGCUGGUUCUAGUGCAAGCCUCCUGUGCGUACUCUGGAUUCUAUUUUUGGAAACCGGCCAUUGCUCGUGCAGUUCGUGCACAGAACACAAGAUUAUGUGAACGUCAGGUUUACAUGAAACUGUAUCCAAGCGGCAAUUUGAGAAUAUUAUGGUAGUUUUCAAAGUGGCCUAUUCCUAGGCUACAGGUAUCUUAACUCGGUUCGAAGUUGCCUGGUCCCUUAACGCCGUUUUCCCAGGCCUUCGCGGUCAAUUCAUUUCGGUGACGUAGGCGACUCGCUCGGACCACGUGACCCGAUAUGCUUAGACUGCGCAGAAUAUUGAGGCCUAGGAACUAGGCAAGGUUCAAAGAAGAUUGAGUUGACUUGACUUGACCGUUGUUUUCGUGAGUAAACACUGUUGUUUAUUUCGUAGGAUCUUUCUGGAGACAAAAUGUAGCAAUUAAUAACGAGGAAUCACCCUUAGUUUCCAUGCAGCAAAGACCCCUAAUAGUUCCAGCUACAUUGCAUUUCUCAGGCCUUCCACAAAAAUCCAGCAUCUAUCCUCAAGAAGCGAUAACUGGUAAGACAAUCUGACUUUUUUUUUUUUUCGUGGCGUGCAUAGUUUUUAUUUUACCUGGCAUCUCAGUUAACUUGCAUGAGUUUUCCUCUUUUUUUUCCCACCCCAACCCUCUAUCGCUUUUCUAACGGUUUAUCCAUCACUAGCCUUUGUACAGACUCAGGAAAAAUCCCCUUCUCGGAUUUUUCUUGAGAGGCGAGGGUCUUUACACAGGCAGGAGGGUGAUGGACUCCUGACACAGGCUAUCCAUUACUAGAGUCUUUUUUCUUUUAUUUUUUCAUUUGUCCUUACUUUUAUAAUAGCACGUUUUGGUGGCACUACAGGUUUCAGUUUAAUUAUAUUUACUAAGGUCUGGCGCUUUUCGCUUAAAAGUAAUCAAACAGCGUAAAUUACAAAACCAUGUGUCCAACACCUCACUGCUCCACUGCACGUUGAAUUUUCAUCUCUCCUCUAGGUGUUCAAUAUGCGAUGACUGAAAAACUGCGUCUUGUGUUUGAUGAGCUUUACGGGUUUUCUAUAAAUUCAUAUUUUCCACUGUCAACUGCACCACGAAAGUCACCUUCCGGUUAAGCGUUUUCGUCGGUUCCUAACUCCUGUCCGUAAGAGUCGGUGUUCGUUUCUAGCCCGCGACCAAAUUGAUAAAACAUUUUCAAGUGCAAUUUAUAAGUGUGGUUAUUGUUUUUCAACUCCGAAGCAAUUGCUACGCUUGUAAAUUACGCUUGUAUACUGAAGUUUUCUUAAAUCAGCUCAGGUAUACGCAAGGGGGGAGUUGCAUGAUUUCAUUUGCUACACGCAACUAUUUAUUUAGUUAUUUAUUUAGUUAUUUCAUAUUUAAUAAACGCUUUUUAUUGUUUUCAAUAUUCUUUUUAGUCACUCGACCUGUCGGUUCAACUCCUCGUGCUGACUCUUCGGAUGACGAUACUUUUUCGGAUUCAACGGAGGAGGAACCUUGCAAGGUGAGAAAGAAGUUAUUUCUCACAGCUUAUAAAAUAGCGUGCGUGGCAGGCGUUAAAAGGGGAAGGGAAAAGGGAAAUUUGGGCGCGCGAGAUCGCUUGUAGCGCGUGUGUCCCUCGUCCCUCGCCCGUGGUCUCGCGCCCUAAUUCCCUUCCCUUUCCCUUUCGAACGCCUGCCACGCAGGCUACUUAUAAAACUACUCGCAGAACUAAGGCCGCGCCAGUGUGGAGAAAAUUUGUCACGAACAGAAGGGUCACUACCCUACCCGAGCCACCCUGGCGGAGCCAACUUUUCAUACAUUUCCUUACAAAACGUUGCGAACCGUUUACAUGAGAAAAAAGGCUAGAAGGCUGGGUCAGCCUUUUUGGAUGGUAGGUCACCCUCCUAGCUGAGCCAUUUUUCUGCAUAUAAACACUUUGGUUCACCCAGCCAGGUCAACUGGGUCAAAGUGGGUCAGAGCACGCGCGAGCGCUGUUUUUGACAAUCAGGAUCCCGUUUUUCGAAAGCCCGGCAUUUUAUUUACUAGCUCAGUCCAAUCUCAUCUCGUAAGGAUGUAUUUUCACUGUCGCGUAAUUUUUAUAUUACGUGUACGCGCGUAAAUAAAAAGAGGCAAUGUAUGGAAGGUCACGCGUACAGGUAAAUGUUGAGCCUUGCUCAACUUUUACUUUUACGCGCGUCCUUUCAUAGAUUGCUUCUAGCAUUUUUUUUACGCUCGUAAAAUUUACUUGCGUACACACGUAAAAAUUACGCGACAGUGGAAAUCCACCUUAACGAAUAGACUUCGCCUUGUACCAUAGGGCACCAAUGUUUGAUGCUGCUACUCUUGAUUUACAUAUUACAGAACUUGAAAAUGUGGAACAAUAAGCGGCCGAGCCCCGUAAAGAAUGCAAAGAAAGUAAAAAGAUGCUCAUCGAAAAGACAGGCAGGGAGUCAGAGAAGACGUUUUUUGAGUGCCAGAACGCUUUUGCUACUUGUAAGCUUACUUUUAAACCUAUAUUUUCUUAUUUUAUUUACCGAGUGGCCCGCACGAUUUUUACAUUCUCUGUUGAAAAUUUUAAUAAGAUUAUACUGA